AUGACAGCCUCAACACAGAGCGCUCUAGAGGAGCUCGAGCGCAGUCGUGCGCAGCUGCAGCAAAAUGUCGAUAAGCUGCGUAAAGCACUCUCCCACUGGACGACCUGGGAGGCUGAGUAUGAGACGCUGAAAGAAGAGAUUCAAGAAGCUGGCGAUCCCUCGCCCUCACAGAUACGUGAGAUGGCACGCGACCUCGAACUUACCCUGCUGGACCAGAAAGAAGUUGAGGAGCUGCUCUGCAAGAACUCGCCAUCGGAACGCACUGCUAACCAAGUUAUUGACAUGAUCUCUAGACGCGUUGACUAUGUUCGGACGAGUAGUGCUACUAUCGAGAAGAAUCUUGACACCGCCGAGAAAAAGCUUGCUGGCGUCGACGUCCUGUUGGAACCAGGCAUGGACAACGAAGAGGGCGAGCCGAUGAUGGACAUCGAAGAAGAACUGGAUGACGAGGGCAAUGAGGUCUCGAGCUCUGUCAACCAGACGGGCAAGGCCGCAGCUGAGCUUGUUGAGGUUCUGCGCAAAGCUGGCAUCCAAAAAGCUGAGCUGGAGAAGAAGAAUGCAGAAGGAAAGGCUCAAGACACACCAGCUUCACACACCGUGUCAGAUUCGAUGUCUUCUCCGCCGCUUUCCGAAUCCCCUCCUGCCACGACCGACAGCCAAACUUCAAAACCAGCGCCUUCGAGGAAGGCUGUGUCCUUCUCCGAAAAGGUCGAAGUCGAACCGGCUGCCAAAGCGGUACCAGACAAUGACGAAGAUGAGGCUGCAAAGGUCGCCUCACUGCUUUUCCCAGAGGGCACGCGUGCCAUCGACCUCGAACAGGACGAUGUGGACUUGUCCAAUGCUAUCAUCCCAAGCGAUGAGACACCAGAGGAAGCUGAGCUCAGGAGGCAAAUGCUGCAAUAUGGCAUGUCAGAAAUCGGGCAGAUUGUCGCCGAACUUGAUCUGGACCAGCCUACUGCGUCAUACUCGGACGAAGAAGAUGACGACGAUUAUGGCGACUAUGACACCGAAGACGAAGAAGAGGAAGACGAGUACGGUCGCAGCACUAAGCCAGUCAUCACCGAAGACUACCGAAAGCAAAUGAUGGAGCUCGAGAAGAAGUUAGGCGCUCGUAUGCUUGAGAACGUGGGGCCUGAGUCGGGAAAGCACACCCUUGAAGAGCACAUCGGAGACAUUCGCACAAUGCGUGUGAAGAGUGACGAUCAGUUCGACGAAUCUCUGGGCACCUCUUCGGCCACGCCAGCAACAGAUGAUACCAAGGAGCCGAAGAAAAAAGGAGUACGCUUUGCCGAUAACCUGGACAUCUCUGAGGCACCAAAAGCAGUACAGCAACCGGCUCGAGCUACCCAGCCAGUGGCAAAAUCAACUCCAACCAUGUCCGAUACCAUCGUUGAGCGGUCUGCAGUUCCUGCAGCACCAGUUGAGCCUCCCAAGCCUGCCAAAGUAUCCAAGUUCAAGAGUGCCCGUGCUGCAGCAAAUACUGCCCCCCAGGUGCUGCCGACUCCUUCUGUACCAGAACCACCACCUGUACCAAGUGGCCCUGUUGGACGAACAAUAGCCAACACUAUAACCGAGCACGCUCCCUUGCCGUCGGAACCUCAGGCUCCUGAUGAGUUUGAUCCAGUUCUUCUGAACCGCGAGAUUCAAGCGGAGUACCACAAGGCGCGCAAUCGAUUCAUCCAGCGACAGGGUGGAUUCAAGGCUACCGACGAGGACGAAGAGAGUCCGAUUGUCGAAGAACGAGAUGGCAAAACAAAGAAGGUGAGCCGUUUCAUGGCGGCCAGACUCAAGGCCGAGGGUAUGUAA